CUACAGGGGCCGUAAAUCCGCCAUGUUUUCUAUCCGCGUUGCGACAGAGACGGAGAAGUGGAACGACAUGAAUGUAGAAAAUAAUCAUACGGCAGAGACAGAGGGGGAGCAAACGAAUAACGGCAGCGAGACAAUCACAAUCCACACCACACUGGGAGACGAAGAUGAAGAUGUACAUAAAUGUGGCCGCUGUCAGUCAGAGUUCUCCUCUCUGGAGGCCUUUAUUCAGCACAAACAGCACCAAAGCUGCAGGCGGGAGACGAGCACACGAGGAGACCACCAGGAGGUGGUUGAAACUAAUGGAGCAGUCGCCUCUGAGGUGAAAACAGUUGAGGAUGAACAACCGAAGAACACUUUAGAUGAAACUAGGAGUGUCAUGGGUCGAGGUCGCAGGAAGAAAGUCGCUUCUCCCAAAGUUACUGAUCAGUCAGAUGGUACAGAAGGAUCCACAUCUGACAGUGAGAAACUUGUUUACAAAAUUAACCCUGACGGACGUUACGUUUGCCAACUUUGUGAAAAGACUUUUAAAACUAACAACAUUUUAAAAACUCACUUGAAAACCCACAGUGACCUGAAGAACUUCUCAUGUGACCUCUGUGGGACGUCAUUUCGCACUAAAGGCUCUCUGAUUCGCCACAAUCGUCGACACACUGAUGAACGGCCAUAUCGCUGUACCCUCUGUGGCCAGUCUUUCAGAGAAUCCGGCGCCCUCACCCGACACCUUAAGGCUAUUACACCGUGUACAGAAAAGAUUCGAUUUGUACAGUACAAAGAAAUUUUGGUCAGCAAGGAUGGUGUACAGAAAGGUGUUGAUGGUGAACAAGCUGCAGUGCACAGCCAGGAACAGAUGGUGCUUGUGGAAAGGCAGCAGCCUGAAGAGCAGGAGAUUAUGGAGAGUCAGGAAAUGGUGGAGGCUCAAGAGAUGGUGGAGGCUCAAGAGAUGGUGGAGGCUCAAGAGAUGGUGGAGGCUCAAGAGAUGGUGGAUGCUCAGGAAAUAGUGGAGAGUCAGGAGAUGGUGGAGGCUCAGGAGAUGGUGGAGGCUCAGGAGAUGGUGGAGGCUCAGACAGCUGUAGUCAGUGUGGUGGAGGCUGGUACUCAGGAGGUCCUGCAUCAGGUCCACUUCACAAUGGAGGUGGAUGGAACAACGCAGGAGCAACAGGUGGUAGUAGACCAGUCUCAGGCUGAAGCUCUAGCUGCAGCGGCAGCCGCUGGUGACAACCUCAUCUGCCAGGCCAUCAUUAACUCGGGCAUUGCACUAGAGACAGAGGAAACUGUGGUGGCGGAGAUGUCACAGGAAACAGAGGAAACAACAAAAGUGGUUUCUGAGUGUCCUAAUGUUGAUGAGGGGAUGACUGAGAUCCAGAUGAAAGCUGAAGAGUUGGUUCAGAUGUCCACGACGGAAACACUUGCUAAAGAUGGUCAAACAACAAAAUUGUACACAUGUCCACACUGUAAUCGCUCCUUUAAAGGGGUAAAUUACUUCAGAUUUCACGUCAAAGGCCAUUUAGGUUAUAAGCCUUUUAAGUGCUUCUGCCAAAAGGAGUUUCUCACUGGUUACCUGCUGAAGAAACACAUGGAAGUUCAUGUCAGUGAGAGGAGGUACAAGUGUGGAGAAUGUGGAAAACUGUACAAAACAGUUGGACAUGUACGUGAGCACAUGAGGGCGCACUCCGAUGAAAGACCAUACAAUUGUGCCAAAUGUAACAAAGGAUACAAGACUAAGAAUGCACUGCAAGUGCAUCAGCGAACUCAUGGUGAGGAAAAACCCUAUGUGUGUCAAUUCUGCUUGAGAGGAUUCAGGGAGAAAGGUUCUUUGGUGCGACAUAUUCGCCAUCACACUGGAGAGAAGCCUUUUAAAUGCCCAAAGUGUGGACGGGGCUUUGCUGAGCACGGGACCCUCAAUCGCCACCUGCGUGCUAAAGGUCAGUGUGGAGGUUGUCAGAAGGAUGACGUUGGUGAGCAACAGGUCACAGUGUCAGAGGAGCAGACUUCAGUGGACGGCCUGACAACAGCAGCCAUUAUCUCAGAAGACCCUCAUGCUGUUCUGGUGGAGUUCUCCUCUGUAGUGGCAGACACACAGGAGUAUAUCAUCAAGACUCAGACAGAGGAGGAAAUACAGGGAGAGGAGGUCACACUCAUUCAAGAUGGCCAAAAUGAGCAGAUGGAAAACCACAUCAUGAAAGUUGUCCAGCAGAUUGUCAACCAGUCACGGGGCGCAGGCUCCACGGGCAGCCCUCAGAUUAUCGUACGAAAUGUGGAGGAGAACGAGGAGGGUCCGUCCAUUUCCGACUGCGGCGAUACCAUCACCAUUGCUACUCCCGAGAGUCUGACGGAGCAGGUGGCCAUGACCCUGGCCUCUGCCAUCAGUGAUGGCACGCUGCUGGCUACGUCGGGCAGCGUGGAGACAGUGGAUGGAACUGUUACCAUGGUCACUACAGAGGGAACGGUGGAGGAGGAAAUCCAGUUGGUGGAGCAGCAGGAGGAGUUUGUCAUCACCUCCCCAGAGGAGGUGGAGAUUCAGACUGUCAUCGUAUGACAAAGAGGACAUGGGUUCUGAAGUGUUACGAUCUGGGCCUCUGUAGCAGACGUUCAUGGACUUUGAAUAGUUAAAAGACAAUGACCAAAGUGUUGAUGAGGUGUAAAGAUUUAUAUGUUUGUUUUUGAUGGUUUACUGAAAAAGAAGCACUGUGUCCGUUAAGCUAGCUAACUAUGAAACUAAUAGUCUUCACUCCCUGGAAGAUUUUUUUUUUGUUAUGUUAGAUAUUAUUAAAAUGUCUUUUAAAUACUUUGCAUCAUUCUGCUGUGUCAUGAAACGUCUUGAAUGUGAUGUUUUACGCUUGUCCAUCACUGUGCAUCCUAAUGGCAUGGCAGAUAAUGUGUGGUCAAGUGAAUUUAGCAGAGUUUGCAUCAAAUAAAUGCUAUUUUACUAAAA